CGGUGCCGUGCGCAGGCGCGGAGGGAGGGCCGGGCCAGGCCCGGCGUCGCCAUGGGCUCCUGAGGCCUUCGCGACCCCGCGCCGGUGCCGGCGCCGCCCGCGGGGCAGCGGGCAGGGCCCGACCCGACCCCUCCUCGCCCCACUGGGCUGGGCCGCGCCCGCCCGCCCGCCCGCUGCAGGCUGCUUCAAGAGCCCAGUGUUGUAUUGGAUGAAGUUUGAAGUAAAACAUCAAGUUUCAAAUCUGAAGUGCCACUGCUAUGACUCUUUUUCUCAGCGUUUCCAGCCUAAAACUGAGGAAACCAAGGUCUUUGCUCGUGGGCAGCUCUUUAGCAAUCCCAACUGGAACCUCACACCAAAGGGCACCAUGAUUAUGAUGACUGAUGUCACUGCAACCCCCAGACUGGGGUCAACUGCCACCACUCCAGCUGUGGCUCCUAACUUCUCCUGGAUGCCGGAGGAUGGCAGCCCCACAGCUGUGGAGCAGCCAAUAUUCCUCAUGACCACUGCUGCUCAGGCUAUCUCAGGUUUCUUUGUAUGGACAGCUUUGCUCAUCACCUGCCAUCAGAUCUACAUGCAUCUGCGCUGCUAUAGCUGCCCAAAUGAACAGCGCUACAUCGUUCGGAUCCUCUUCAUUGUGCCCAUUUAUGCCUUUGACUCAUGGCUCAGUCUCCUGUUCUUCACCAAUGACCAGUACUAUGUUUACUUCGGCACUGUGCGGGACUGCUAUGAAGCCUUUGUAAUAUACAACUUUCUCAGCCUGUGCUAUGAGUACUUGGGAGGGGAGAGCUCCAUCAUGUCUGAGAUCAGAGGGAAACCAAUCGAGUCCAGCUGUGUGUACGGGACUUGCUGCUUGUGGGGAAAGACAUACUCAAUUGGAUUCUUGAGAUUCUGCAAACAGGCUACCCUGCAGUUCUGUGUGGUGAAGCCCCUCAUGGCGAUCAGCACAGUCAUCCUUCAGGCCUUUGGCAAGUACCAGGAUGGUGACUUUGAUGUAACCAGUGGCUACCUCUAUGUGACGAUCAUCUACAACAUCUCUGUCAGCCUGGCACUGUAUGCCCUCUUCCUUUUCUACUUUGCCACACGUGAGCUGCUCAGUCCCUAUAGCCCAGUCCUCAAGUUCUUCAUGGUGAAGUCUGUCAUUUUCCUGUCCUUCUGGCAAGGGAUGCUGUUGGCCAUCUUGGAAAAGUGUGGUGCCAUCCCCAAAAUCCACUCUGCUAAUGUGUCUGUGGGUGAAGGCACAGUAGCUGCUGGCUAUCAAGACUUCAUCAUUUGUGUGGAGAUGUUCUUUGCAGCCAUUGCCCUGCGCCACGCCUUCACAUACAAAGUGUAUGUGGACAAGAGAAUUGAUGCCCAAGGUCGCUGUGCUCCCAUGAAGAGCAUCUCCAGCAGCCUCAAGGAGACCAUGAAUCCCCAUGACAUUGUCCAAGAUGCAAUCCACAACUUCUCUCCAGCCUACCAGCAGUACACCCAACAGUCAACACUGGAGCACGCUCCCCCCUGGCGCAAUGGCAGCCAUGUGAUCUCACGCUCCCACAGCUGCUCUGGUGCCCGUGACAACGAGAAGACCCUCUUGCUGAGCUCCGAUGAUGAAUUCUAGGCAGGGAAACUGCCAGCACAGGCUGUUGUUUUCCUUCUAUUUUUUUUUAAAUAAUUUAUUAAUGCUGAAACACACAAGUCAUAUCACUUCCUAGAGAGUAAAGAUUGCAGAAGUGGGCACUUCUCAUUAGCUUUCGUGGGUACAGACACGAUGAGCAGUGUGGAGGUGGCAGAAUGGCCAGGACUCCAUGCUCGAGCCUAUUCCUUACAGCAGCAAUUGAAUUGAAUUGAUUCAAGCAAAGCUCCAGGGUUUGAGGCUCUGGCCUCCCACAGUUACCCAGUGUGGUGUGAAGUGUGACUGGCCAGAGCAUAGAGUUGUAGCCAAAAAUGUUUUUGGUUUUUUCGUAACAGGACAACCUGACUGCUUUCUAUUUCUUUUCCUGAAUGGUUGAUGUAGGCACAGUUUUCUCCCCAACUCCCUAGUACUAACAUCUCUGUAAUCCAUGGGAAAUAGGAUGGGGAUGCAGCCAUAGGCAUUCUUGAGGACCAGACCAGAGACUGGUCUUUCUAUAGUGCUAAGUAAGGAACAUCUGUCCCCACCCUCCUGAGCACCUGGUUAUGAGUCCUUGAGUCACUUGAGGGAGCAAAGAGGAAAAGGACAUGGCUUUCUCCGUGUUCCUUGGCUCCCUGCAUCCCCAAUUGCUAUAAAAGCUUAUUGAAACUCAGUUGGGAUGGAAUUACUUUUUCACAAGAGUGGAGUUUUCUAAUCACCAGGUGUCCAAGCUUCCAUCUCCCUGGGGUUCCUGUGGCAGGAAGCCUCCCUGGAGCAUGUGUCUCCUGCUUACAAGACUGAGGACUGGCUAUGAUAGAUGGUGGAAGUUUGUAGACCUCUUGCCCCUUCACCCCUCUUUGGGAAGGGAAGAUAUGUAAACACAAAACCAGUUUUUCUUCUUGUUUCCUCUCCCCCAGCAUCAUAUCUGCCCCUGUUAGAGGUAGCUGCCACAGCAGGUCCUGGUCUCUCACAGGUAGCUUUUCCCAUGCUCAUCAUCACUGACUUUCCUUGAGCUACACCAGUUUCACCCUUAGGCUGGAAUAUUCAGGAAGGGAUGUUGCAAACUCCUUUGUUUUUUAUUUCUGUAGCUGUUCUGGGGCAGGCUGGAGCAGGCUUGAAACCUGACAUGACCUGGCUGGUCAAAUUUGUCCCUUUUAUUUUCUGAGGCAGCAAUUGCUGCUUCUGCUGCUGCACAUUUCACAGGCUCUGCUGCACCUGCAGUGCUAUCAAGGGUGGAACCAGCAUCCAUGGAAGUGGGAGAGGCUUCCCGUUGCUUCUGUUGGGUUUUGGAUGAACGCAUGGGUACUUAGUGGAACCAAACCAAAAGUGAUCUGUCUGUAGAUCUAUCCAGGGACCAGAAAAUGCCUCUUGCUUUCUUAAAAUUAUCUAGAGGAAAAGUGGGCAGCACACUCAAGUGCUACAGCUCAGAUGCUCCUACCUGCAAGCAGGAAGCAAAACUGAGUGAUUGGAGCAAGUUGCUGUGUUCAGCUGUAGUUUCUCUGUUCCUCUCCUGCUUGUUGCCUCCCCUGCCAAGAGCAGACCUGUGUGAUUGUGGAUUGCUCUUUGCUGUUCUGUUAGGAGAACUGGAGUCUGGUUUGCUGCCUGGAGUUGACCUUUACAUUUGUUUCUCAAUCCAUCUGCUUGUUCAUUGAGUGUCUCAGAAGCAACAGUGAGUGAAGAGUGCCACAUUUAUUCAGCACCUCUGCCCAAGCUGGGCAAAAGGGCUUGAAGAGAGGCAGGUUUGCUCCCUGCUUGUGAGGAUGAGAUAGGGGAAAGCUUAAGGACAGUGCCUCGUCCUGUUUCUGGGGUUUCUGGGUGAAGCAGAUGAGAGCAACAGAACUAUUGAGGGAGCUAGAGACAGGGUCACUGGAUUCAGCAGCUUCUCUGCUGCUGGAUUUCCCCAUUCACACACAUCCUGCAAUGCCAUGCUGUUGGUUAUUAAUUUUCCUAAUUUUGUGACUGCUUAAUUAGACAUGCAAACACACUGCCAGGCUUUGUGUGAGCUUGGUAAAAUUUCCUCAUAAGCCACCUGGAAAGCAGGGCUGAAGGUUGAACAGACUUUGCUUCUGUUUUCUAUGGGUUUGAUUAAUAGUCCUUUAAUAUGAGAUACUGAUGUUACUGUCUCUCUUAGGAAACUGGGGCAUGAGACAUGAUCCCAUUCUCUCCUUUCUUUGCAUUUGCAGCCCUUGGUGAUGUCCCGGUAUCACCUGGUGACUGCCCUCAAUCUUUAUUGCAUUUGGGUGGCUGAAAUCUGUGUGAUUGCCCCAUUGAGCAUGAAGGCUUAGAGAAGCAUUUCUUAGAACUUAUUUUGAAAUGUCUCCUGCACACACACACACAUAUAUAUAUAUACACACACACACACUGGGCAGAGGAUGUGGAUAUUCUCAAAGCAUCCUGUGUGUAAUGGUUUCAAGUAUAACUCUUUUGCACCAGCUGCCUUCAGAGGAGCUUGGUGAACUAGUACCCAAAAAGCCAGCUGCCCUACUUUAUGAUUUUAUAUAUAUAUGUGUGUUUUUUAACAGUACACAAAAUCAUCCAUCACUAAGCUUCCUGCUCUCCCUCAUGACCAGCAAGUGCCAGAGCAAACACUGGCUCUGAAGCCACUUUGUGUUGAAGGAACAAAUACAAGAUCUCGAGACCAAGGAGGCCAAGGCAUCCAUGGUCUUGUAGGUCUGCUCAUGGUAGCCCAGGAUCCAAGAAAUGCGCCAGUUCCAGUAGACCCUUGGAGCUGCUCUCCCUCACCUGCUUCCACUCUCCUUCCUUCCUUCCUUUUUUGUUUACCAUGUAACAUACCCAUGGGAUUUAUUAUUUUUCCAUAUAGAGUAGUUCUUUGUAUAUAAAUGACUGAAAAAAAAGUAUGAUAAAUAAGACAGAGUCACCUAGUUUUGUACCUAUUGUGUUUAACUGAUGUGAGCUGAGCAACAAGCCGCUCUCUAUUUUGGUCUUUGUGAUGUUAUACUCUGCAGAAAUGAGCAAAUAUGAUGACAAAAAAUAUAGAGAUAAUAUAGAUUGUACUUAAACUGCU